UUAAAUUAUAUUUAUAUUUAGCAGAAAAAAAAUCCGAAAUAAUGGCUGAAGCAGUCACAGGUGCUGAAGAACCAAAAGAAGAAGUUGAGGAUGAAAGAACUAAAUUCCUUAGAAUCAAUAAGAAUAUUUUGAAAUGGAAAGCACCAAAAAAUGAAUUUGAACCCGUGGAAUAUUUUGAUACAGCCAAGGCAUGGGAUGCUUUACUUUCAAUGCCCAGUUGUCAGGAAAUUAUGAUACAAGAGGCCAAUCAGAGACGUCUACACAUGGUUGUGGGUGAACAUGUCACACAGGAAUUUCCAUGGAAAGAAAUUCCCUAUAGAAAUUUGCGCGAUUAUCUGUUCGAUGAUUUGCCCAAUGGUCAGAUGUAUUACAAUGCCUUUCAAAAUUAUGAUGUUGAUGGUCAUGUGUUGAUAGGCUAUGUACCGCUAUUGACACAGGAUUCCGAUGAUCCACCACCGGGUGAUCCAUUUGUCAUGUACAUUGACCCGGCAGAUGCUAAAUUGGCUUUGUCGAUAAUACGUAACAUGGAAACCUAUGAACGCCUGAUGAUUAGCAAACGUUUACAGAAAGUUCCCAGGGCCUGGGUAUCACUGGGUAGCGAAGAUGAAGUCAAUCUCACCAUUUCGCAGCGUUAUCAUGAAUCGGUCGAUGUGGAAAUACAAAGUGUAUACCCUUUGAAUAUACCUGCGGAAAAGAAAUUUUCGUUUCGUAUGAGUGGUGAUGUUCGCGAUGGAUAUGUCGAACUAAUACCAUCGGAUAGUGCACGCUUUGAUAAUGUUGCUCGUCGCCGUAUCACGGUGGGCAUACAGUCCGCUAUGCCCCGCAUAGAUAUUGAACAACAAACCGAUCCGACAUUUCCCACAAAUGCAUGGGCACAAUAUUUGUAUGAGAUUAAUGAGGAUGAGGAUUGCCUGGACCCAUUAACCGAGGAAGAGGAUGACAAGAGUAAACCUGCCAGCAGAGCUGUGACACCGGAACCUCCCAAACCGCCAAAACCACCACCAGAAGUAUCCGAUAGAAUUCAGUUUCUUUUAAAAACCUUGGAAUUCAAUCAAAUCGAUAUGUAUAGAAAUGAUUAUCCAUUGAUUUCCAACACCUGUAUCAUGCAUCACACCACACCGAGUCUAGAGGAGACUCUAUGCUUUGCCAAUAUCUCGAAAAGUCAAAAACGAUAUGUUUGCGGCUAUGAUUGGUAUCCGACAAUAGCUGGUCUGAUAGUGACUUCGUACACAUUCAGUACAGCGGCUACAGUGGAAUCGGUCGGUGCAAAAAUUGAUACCAUACAACGUACGGUGCUACAGCCCAAUCCCAUACUGUUGUGGAGUUUCGAUGACAAUCUAAACUAUAAGUUAGAAUUCGAAUCUCCGCUGGAAAUAACCGCCCUCUCUUUUUGCCCCUACGAUGCUAAUAUUCUAAUUGGUGGUGCCAGCAAUGGCCAAGUUAUACUAUGGGAUCUACAAAAUCGUGCCGAACGUUUAGAUUACACCGAAAUGUUGUCCUCCUCACAAGUUCGUUAUCGUGUUCUCAUUAAUGAAUUCCUCAAAUGGACCAUACAAAUCAAUGAAGAUAUGAUAAUAUUUCCAGCUACACUAUCUGGUGUCGAUAAGUCACAAAAAGCCCAGAUAACUGUUAUACAAUGGUUGGGUAGACGGUGUUCGGUGAAUACCUUUGGAAAACUCAGCAUGGAAACAAGUUCCAAAACUAAUCAUCGGUUUUUCUUGACAUGUUCGCUGGAUGGUACUGUGGCUUUUUGGAAUUUAGACUCACAGUUGGGUAAAAAAGUAAGUUCUUCGGUGCGCAGAGAUUUACCCAAAGCUCUGGGUCAAAGUGAGUCCAGUUAUAAGGGCAAGGUAUUGGUACCGGUAUUCAUAGUGGCCUUUAAUGAACCAUUGACUGCAUUUGUGGCUGAUACACCCAGUUUUAAAUGUUCUCGCAAGGAUGUGCCCAGGGGGGACAAUAAUACCCUUUACAAUUAUCAUGUGGAACUAUUGUCCAAAGAUCCAACCGAAGUUCGCCAAUCUUUUAUAGUUUCCUCAUUUUAUGGGCGCAUCGAACGCAUUUCAUGGUUGGGAAUGUAUGCUGACACCGAAGGCAGGGAGGUUGUUAGUACAUCGGAACAUUUCGCCCGGGUGCAUGAUGGCCCGGUUAUUUCCAUGAAAAGGAAUCCAUUCUUUCCUUGGCUGUUUGUUUCCAUUGGUCGCAAUGUGUUUGCCGUUUGGAAGGAAGACUACAACUAUUCGCCGAUAUUUUGGCGUAGAUGUCAAAAUGAUUUGACAGCUGUUACAUGGAGUGAAUCACGGCCGUCGGUGCUAUUUUUAACCCGCAUCGAUGGUAGCCUAGAGGCAUGGGAUAUUUUGGCCCGAGAUGAUGACGCGUGUCUGAAUGAUGUCCUGGGAGGUGGUAUUGUAACGCAAAUCUGCGAACACAGACCCGAGGAACCUGACAAACUGCUGGGCAUCGGAGAUUACAAUAGUAGCUUGCGUAUGGUGAAAUUGCCUCGAAGUUUUUAUCAUUUCACUGCUCAGGAAUUGGAGGAUAUGAAAUCGUAUAUCCUCGGUGAGGAGUCCCGUAAGAAGGCCAUACAAGUGUGGGAACAACAGUAUUAUGAACGUAAUAAAGAAGUUAUUGAAGCAAAACGUCAAGCUGAACGAGAUGCUCACAAAGAAAUGGAGCGCCAAGAAAAAGAAAAAGUCCUGCAGGCUGUGAGGAAGGCCAAGGAGGAGGAAGAAGCUAAACGAAAUGCAGCACCUCCGGCCCAUUUGACGUACACGGAACGCAUGCGACAACAAUGGUAUGAAUUGAAUCUGAAACGCUUAAUGAAUAUUCUUAUGACCCGCAAGCGUGUCAACGAAAAACAAUUGCAACAGGAAACAGUUUUGGAAAAAGAACGUUUGGCUUAUGAGGCUGCGAAAAAAGAAUCGUUAGCAGAAGUUUUGGCACGCAUCGACGAUGAAAUUGCUGCGGUGCGUUUGCGUAUAUUUCCCCAAGAAAUUCCCGAUUUACAACGCAGCGACAUGAUCCAGACAUCGGUGGAUGCCGUUCUACAGCAAGUCGAAUCUUAUGAAGACAAUGAAAUGGAAAUCAAUAGAAUAUUAGAUGAUCUAGAGGAAUUCCAGCAAAUGGAUUAUGCCGAUUUUUUGCAUCGUGGCGAAGAACGCCGGAAAAAUAUUAAUAAAUCUUUGGGUGGUAAUACGCAACGCUUCUACUGGUAUGAGAUGUUGCGCCACGAAGACCUAUUGGGUGAAUGUAAUUGGGGUUUCGAAAUGUAUGCUGAUCUUUUGCAAACUAUGGAUAUCGGUUCGAGGCCACCUUCAGAUAUUGAUUUGAUGAUGACUAAAGUGGUGGCUCCCGCAGAGGAAAUAGAGGCAGAGGCCGAUAUUGAGGAGGAGGAUUAAAAGUAAUUUUUAUUUAGUAACUUGAUAUAGCUUUUUUUAUUUAUUUAAUAAAUAUGUUUUAUAUCUAUUAAUUAAAAAUUAUUUGUUUGAAAACUGCAAUUUUUAUCAGAAUGGUCGUAAGGCAAAUAAAUUUAACAAUAUUUGGCCUGAUCCAGAAAUUCAGGAACUUAAAAGUUUUUA